AGUCGAUUCAUUCCUCUUUCCAUGUUUGUCUAGCUCUUCCUCCAUUUUUGGAUUGAAUAACUUUGAUUUAUACUGAGAGAAAAAACAAAUGGGACAGCGGAGGCGAGAUUACUUGACCGCGCGAGAGCAGCGGAAUUUGGGGCGAGAGCAGAGGAAUAUGUCGCUGCGAUCAGUUGCAGCUGGAAUCGCAGCAUGCGCUGCAACGGGUGUUAUGAUAUAUCAAUGGCGAUUAGCUUUACCAGCAGGACGAAAGGGAUAAAAAGAAAGAUACUACUAACUUGAUUAUACUUCUUCAUCCUCGUUCGUUCUUGUCAACAUCUCCUCAUUCUUCAUCUUCUACGCCCGUGUACCAGUACAACCCCUCAUCCUUCAUUUUCUUCCUCUACUCGGUUACCGGCCAACGAUCUACUGGCGUCGAUCCGGUCGCUUUGCUGGAACAGCUGACAUUGGACGAAAAGUUGCACUUUUUCCACGGCGUGAACAGGGUGUAUGUUGGGUAUAUUGUUAUGACGAUGGAGAUUUGUUGUUGUUGGCGGUAAUCAUUUUGUGGCUAUUUUCGUGUUCGGGUUUACUUCGAACAAAAACGGCGUCGACCGACUUGGCAAGAAGUUUGGAGUUCAUUCUGCACUGAUUCCUUCUAGUUCUACCUCCACCUCUAAUGCCAACGGCGUCGAUCGACUCGGCAUUCCACCAGUGGUCAUGAUGGACGGCCCCCAAGGUUUCCGUCAACCCGAUCAGGCAAUGAGCGCAAGGGGCUCAUCAACGGCGUUUCCGUGCAAUCUGGCGAUUGGAGCGACGUUUGAUAGGAGGAUUGCGUAAGCUUUCUAUUUUUGAAAGAAGGAUUGCGUACAACUACUUACUUUCUAUUUUGCGUACAACUACUACAUUUGUUCUUCUUUCUAUGGUCUCUUAGGAAGGAUGAUCCUAGUAAGUCUUCUCUUUCCUAGUAAGUAGUUGGAAUCUUACGAGUUUCCAACUAGAACUAGUUUUGGAUUGCACAAGAGCCAACCGAAUAUGGUGCUAGUUGGCUCUUGUGGAAUCCAAAACUGCUAGUAAACUUCAACUCCUGUAUUCACUCCAGCAAGGUACUUAUAGUUGUAUUCACUUUGAAGUUACAGUCAAACAGGAUGCAGUAUACUGUAACUUCAAUGAAUAUAGUUGUCAAAACGUGCUUACUCUCUCAGGUUCAUGUACGGCAAGUUCAUCGCCAAAGAGUUUCGAGGUAAAGGAGCCAAUAUGCUUCUGGGACCUGGAGUGAAUGUGAACCGGAUCCCCCGCAACGGCCGAAAUUUUGAAUAUCUCUCUGGAGAAGACCCAGUUUUAGGAGCUGAAAUGGCACCGGAGUAUGUCCAGGGAGCCUUUACCGAAAACACCAUGACGUCUGUGAAGCACUUCAUCUUCAACAACCAGGUACUUUGUUCGAAUCUGAUGUGAAACUGAAAGCCGACCCCUCUUAUUGCUUCGUUUUUAUGGGGAUUAUUUGUAUUGUCAUUCUUCUAGCAUUAGUGUGUUGUACACUUGUUCCCAGUUGACUCUCACUCAAGUUUCACCUCCCCACCACCUCAUCUUCUAGGAAACUGAACGUAUGUUCUAUUCGGCUGAUGUUCCGCAACAAGUAGGUAUGGAGUACUACAUGAAGCCCUUCAUCGCGGGUGUGCAGGCAGGAGCCGGAAGCGUCAUGUGCUCGUACAAUAGGGUAAUAACGCUAGUACGCCGGGUCGUGGGCUAGAGGUUGACUUUGAUUGGUCUAGAUACUUUGUUAACUUAAUGUGACUUCUUUUGCAUGCACAACAUACUAGAAAAGCAAUAUAAAUAUUUUUUUAGAAGAGCAGUCUUCCUUUUUUAUGGAACCGUUCCUCCACAGAUCAAUGGCACCUACGCCUGCGAAAACCCAAAUACGAUGCGUCGGCUGAUGAAGUAUUCGGAUCGGUUCUUCAUCAUGUCCGAUUGGGGUGCGACACAUGCGACAGAGCAGAGUCUGAAAGCCGGUUUGACUAUGGAGAUGCCAGGCAUCCCCACUGAGUAUUUUUCGCCAGAGAAAAUGAAGGCCCUCAUCGCUGAUGGCAGCAUUCCCAUGCCCGUCAUCGACGAUUUGGUGUUGCGAACACUGAAGGCGCUGAAGGAGAGUGGGCAAUUGGAUGGAAACUUCCCGAAGGAGGGCAAUGUUUUUAUGGUGGUUUUUACUUGGAGACAGUAUCAGAAUCUCACUCCCGUGUUUCCCUCUGGCGACACAAAAUCAUACAUAGCAUUCAUCUUUAGCAGGCAUAUUUCAGAUUUAAAGUUUCAAAGUAAGGACUUAGGUUCUAAUCCCCACAACAACGUGACAACACCAUUGCAGAAGACGGCUUCGACCAUCUUUGCUGCAGAGGGUCUCAUCCUACUCAAAAACGAUCUCGCAAGAUCGCAGAUGAACGGAUACCCACUGCCGUUGAAUCCCGUGAAGAGUGCGGAAACUUUAAGGCGCUCAAGAAGAAUGAUAAUCCUUUUCCCUCGAAGUCUCUAACAUGUACAACAGUUCUAGAUUAAAAUCUGAACAAUCUCAAUCACAACUUGUAGUACCUACUCUAAACUCCAUUGCCACCACAAACUGUGGCGCUGACCUCAUUGUCCUUGGUGGCGGCAGCGGUGCGGUGAUUCCUAGUCACACAGUGACUAUUGACGAAGUGCUUGCGCAUAAUGGUUUGCUAGUUGGCGAUGCAAGCAAGUCUGACGCAGUGCUCUAUUGCUUCUCUACCUAUUCGGCAGAAAAUGGAGAUCGUGCGGAUCUCGAAGUUGAAGGACCGCAUAAGGAGUUGGCGGAAAAAAUUGCGGAGUCAAAAAAAGCGGGGGCGAAGUUAUGAGAUAUCUGUGCAAUAUUGUCUGCUCUUAGGUGGUCUCAUAGGAACUGCGAUAGGGACACACACAUGGCAAAGUUAUGAGACGUUUUAAUCACUGUGAUUCAACGAAGGCGUGAUCCUGGCGCUUCCAUCACCAUGGUCUUGAUUAGCGAAAGAGCUAGAGGAAAAGUAGAGAGUUAUCAUCUUCUAACCUAAAAGCAGAAGAUUAUUGUCUUCGUCUCAACGCCGGGACCAUUUUUGAUGCCAAUGGAUCCUGCUGAUGUGGAUGCGAUUUUGAUGGGCGUUUUCCCAGGAGAAAGAGCGGGCGAGGCAGUGGCAGCGGUACCUUUUUGUAGCCGUCUCUUGAUUUAGGUUUAUCCUCCUGCGAAAAGUGCCGCAAUCUGCUGCAGCCAUCCACCUACACCUAGUUGUAUGUAAGCAAAACCUCUUUUUCCUCUCCCUACAUCCUCGAUAGUACCCCACAGGUCCUCUACGGUCGCAUGUCUCCCAAUGGUAAGCUCCCCUUCGCCCUCCCCAACAAGGAGAAUGAACAAGAGAUGACUAAGUCCCAGUAUCCGGGUGUUGGAGCUGUGAAUCACACACAUGCAGAAUAUACCGAAAACCGGGAAUUUGGGUACAGAUGGUAUCAGGCACACAACGUGAUGCCAAAAUAUCACUUUGGUUAUGGCUUACUUUUGAAACUUCUUAUUAUUUUCAUUUACACUCUGACGUGCAUAUUCAAUGAGUCAUCUAUCACGAAGGAGAAGAGUACCGAUUCAACAUUUCAAGACUCACAUUCAUUCUUGCUCUAAUUCACCCACGGUCUUUCCUAUGGCAUUAACAAGAUGUUAGUGACCAAUAUCAACUGGGCCAAAGAGAAAAACGGGGUCUAUUUCUGCGUUGAGAACCAAGCUCCCGUUGCUUCCUCUAUGAUGGCGAGUGCGACAGCAGAAGUUUUAGUUGAGACGAAGCGUAGCUUGUUGCAGAAGGUAUCUAUAAUGUGUGACGUAAGUACUUUUAGGAGCACUUUUUCGCACAAAAGUACUCAUGUACGAGACUUUUUCAAUUACGACAAGAAAAUUUUCGACUCACCGUUUUCCGCAUCCACCACAGGACACCUCGGCCACACCCGUCCUCCGCGGCGAGACCAAUAAGCCUGAACUGCUUGUCGAGACCAACAAGCCUCAGGAUGGAUUAUUAUCUCUCGGCAGUGGCGAAACGGCUAUCACGCUUUUAGAAAACGCAGUAGCGAAGUUGCAGCGUGAAAUCGCACGAAAGGGGCCAUCUGCCUUAGUCCUCACUCCCGACAUGGAAAAGCAUUUCGGAUUGAUUGACUUGAAGUUAUGGUCUGAGUUUUGUUUUGGAUAUAAUCGUCAUGAAGGAAGUGGAAAAUGGGGGCACUGGACUAGAAUUGGAUGACAAUGAUGAUUGUUUGAACCGAAGAAGACCAAAACCUUAAUACUCUCUCAAACAAAAAAGUAUAUCAUUAGAGCCAAGACACUCACGCUAGUCGUCUGUCUGCGAGUGCCACGCAAAUAGUGACAGUCGCAACGAUUGGGAAUGGAAUUGUAUCGACCUUACGUCCAUCGUCGUCAUUCGCUCCAUCCUCUCCUUCUUUACAACGAGGAACCUUCUUCUUCUAACCUCCGCCGCCGCUCCUGCCCCUACCAAGAUCAGCGUGCAGUUCUACGUAAAGCAUAGUGGUCGACCGUUUAUGGAACUGCUCCAGUUCACGGCGCUGGAGAACAUUUAUCCAGGUGUUAAGGCCUCACUUAAUCCAUCUCGCGGCCCAUCUACAAUCCAUCUUUUCAAGAAGAAAAGCGGAAGCAGAUGAGGGAAAAGAUGGAUUGUAGCGGGUUCUAAAGGUGAGAAGACAUGUGGACACGUGGUGUACGAUUUGCCGAGCUACUGGUCCCUGGAGGAGCAGAUGAUGAAGGUCGCACCAGUGUGGGACCUGUUCGUGUCCACGAACGGAGUCUCCGAGGCCCAGUGGGUUGGCACCUACAACCGCGCACAGAGCCAGAUGGAAGAGCCAGAGGUUGUGUUUGAAUAACUGGAACUGGCUGCUCGAUGGAAUUUUUUCAUCAGGAAUCAACAUUUUUUUGGGGUUGAACCGUAUUUUCCGUAUCAUCUGUUGUACGUUUUAGGCUAGCAGCAUUAACAUGAUGACAUACAAAAGUAUCACUACAUAUUCAUUUUUUCUUUUGUUUUCCUUGUGGUGACUUAAUGUAGAUAUAGUCUCGACGUAGUGAGACAGAAACUAGCGUUCAGUUACAGGUAACUUGCAGAUAGUCUUUCGUUUUUGGUACCAUCCUGAACAUUAGAUGGAAGGAGACGUCAUCGACAACGCGGUUUUCGGGAUCGUACCAGGAAACUCCGCCUCUGGUCCCACUCGUUGGUUGUGUCUUGAUAACUUUUUCCUUGAGUUUCUUGUUUUUGAGUUGUUACCUGUCCUGACGUUGUUCAACUUCAAUCUCGUCUGCAUUCUCUCGUAUGUAGUUCCAAGUUUACCUUUCUCAAUCACCUUUGCAAUUUCAAUUCGUUAUCAGUGUUAUAAUUUCAAAACGCAAUUAUACUAGUAAAGAUUACAAAACAUAGUGAUUUACAGUAGUCAUAGUUCAAGUUUGUAAUCAUAUUCGUUCUUUUUCCAUGCUUGAUAUGCAUCCUCCUCAAUUGUCAUGCAUAUUUUUCCACAAACUUCUUUCCCAUCCUUGCAGAUCUCUUUCCCCCGUCAUUUACAUUGGUAGUUAUGAAUUUUUUUAAAGAUUAUAAGCAAUUUUUACCAAUGCUUUUGCACUCUGUCACGUCAAUCUAUUUGUCGAUGCACCGUUCUGAAUAUAGGUCUCAUCGCUGUUCAAUGCGCAGCUCUUGUGUGGGUCAACUACUCUGUGAAAUAAACGUUUGAGUUUGUUUGUUAUCGUUAGCCACAAAAUGAAGAAGCGAGUCGCCGUUGAAGUUCUUAAUAUCGCUGUCGUCGCUAUUUCUUUGUGUAGUAAAGUGUGAUAUAUGGAUCUUUUUAGGGCUAACAUGACAUAUGAGAUUGAUUCCAUUCAUCAUCUUCCGAGGCUAUGACAAAUUAGAGUUUUUUGCGCCGGGCAUGCUGCAAGAACGGGUUGGAGGUGCGCUCCUUGUCUAAAG